AUGCCAAGGAAAAGGGGCCGUCGAAGGUCGUCUGGUCGCCGCACCGCCCUUCACGAGCUGUCUUUCUCCAUGAGCCACAUGGAGCGCCUCCUGCGGGAAGGCCACUACGCCCAGUGCCUGAGCUCUUCCGCACCCAUCUUCCUAGCAGCCAUCAUGCAGCACCUGACUGCCAAGGUCCUGGAGCUGGCAGGCAACAAGGCCCAGAACAGCGGUCAGAGGCGCAUCACCCCAGAGCUGGUGGGCAUGGCGGUCCACCACAAUGCUCUGCUCAGCAGCUCUUUAGGGAUGAAAACCAUCUCCCUGGUGGCCCCAGCCCAGCACUAGCUGCUUAACCACACCCAGGUGCCCGGCCCCCAGACGGGCCUUCCCCCGGCUCUCGGGUGCCAGGCCUGCUCACUGACCGACUGCACAGCCCGGUGCCUCGGGCCCAGUCAUGUUGAAUCAAUCAAAGUGUUUCAAGACAUCCGUGUGCGUGCUUCAGUCACUUGGCCUGGGAGGUGGUGGUGGGAUACCCCUCCUUGGAGAGGUGGGGGUCGGGGGUCUGGCUGGAGUGGAGGGGGAGUGUUGUGGGUACAGAUGGAGUCAGGGAUUGCAGGCAGAGGGAGCGGUCGCCCACUGUGACAGCGCAUGCGGUGGCCCUGGUGGGAGAGGCUGGCUGUGCUGGGGUUGCAGUGGAGUGGGGUCUGGGGGGAGGCCAGGGA